AGGGGUGAGGGGAGGCUCUGUCAGUGGGUGUUUCCUCUAGGCUGCCCUUAUAAAAGGCAGAGGGAGGUCAGGGUGAUCCUAAAGGAACGUAGCCGUCUCCUCUUGCACCCCAGCUUUAGGUCCUGAACUCCCUCUUCUGCACAUGGCAGGCCUUGUGACCAUGGUGGCUAGCCUCCUGCUCCUGGCCCUGUGCGCCCACAGCAUUGCCCCUGCAGACUCUGUGACCAUCCCGUCUUCCUGCUGCAUGUCCUUCAUUCCCAAGAAAGUUCCCGAGAGCCGAGUCGUUAGCUACCAGCUGUCCAGUGGGAGCCUCUGCCCCAAGGCAGGAGUGAUCUUCAUCACCAAGAAGGGCCAGAAGUUCUGUGGCGACCCCGAGGAGCACUGGGUUCAGAAGUACAUGAAGAACCUGGACGCCAAGCAGAAGAAGGUGUCCUUGGGGCCCAGGGCGAUGGGCAUCAAAGCCCUCCAGCAGAGGCGCCCUGCGAGCAACACGGCCUUCUAACCACCGCCGGGCCCUCCGCUUGGGGCCUGUGAGCCAGCAGUGAGGAGGGGAGCUCGUGCAUCCGGGGCCCCUUGCCUUCCCCCGCUGAGCUGGAGGAGAAGGUGCGGGAAGGAAGGUGAUGGCCGUCCUCCCCGGGGCUAGGGCUGGCCCUUCCCUGCUUCCAGGCACCAUCGGAGCCCAAGUGCCUCGGGCCCCAUCUGCAGACACACGCUGCUUGUAUCUAAAAGCUUAGCCUAGAGCUGGCUUCUUGGGUCCUCUGGUCUUACAGCGGGACCUGUGGGCGGGCUGUCUGUCUGUCUGGGCACGGGCGACCCGUCAACAGCUGCAGCUCUUCAUCACGCUACAGAUGCUCUGAGCCGGUACCACUUCCAGAAUCCCAGGUGAAUAAAAACUCAACCAGAUAUAGGGCUCUGCCUUUAAAGUGGGUUCUUUCCCUAUAUUUUGGGGAUGGGAGGAUAAAGUUGGGGCUCUGGUAGGAAAAGGAUUCCGGGUUUUCCCCCAUGUAUGACACACUGUGUGAUUUGCGUGUCAAGAGUUUAGACACAAUUGUACUUCUCAAAUAACAAUCCAAAUAAAGUGUGAUCUCUCCUUUGAA